AAGGGAAAAACAUUUUGGUUUGCAAGUUACUAAGCAACAAACGAAACAGUUUAUUAUGAGAAAUUCAAGGAUAGUUUUUUACACGGCAAUUUGUUUUUAAAUUUUUAUAGACUGUAUAUAAUGGCGCGAAAAGAAGAACCAAAAAUCCAAGCAAACAAUGAAUUGGAAAAGAAAAUUAUGGAAGCUUUCGAAGUAUUUGAUCAUUCAGGAAAACAAGUUGUGGAUGUUAGAGAAAUUGGGACGAUACUGCGCUCUUUAGGUUGCUGUCCAACGGAGGCUGAAGUGCAAGAAGUAAUUUUGGCGACUGAAAACAAAGAAGCGACAGGGAACGUACCCCUUAUUAACUUUUUGCCUUACAUGUGCAAGGCGUUAAUAGAACAUAGAUUUUAUCCUGCAAGCGCAGAAAUAUUACUUGCCGCGUUUCGAUACUUUGAUAAAGACAGCCGUGGUUACCUUACUAAAGACAGAUUUACUCAGUUGAUGUUAGAGGAAGGAGAACCUUUCUCACAGGAGGAAUUCGAUGAAAUGAUGCAAACAGCUCUGGACCCCGUAACAAACAACAUCACUUACGAAUAUUAUAUCAACCAAUUGAUGGUUGCACCAAAACACGUUUACGAAAUAGCAGACGUUUUUGAAGAAGAGAGAAAAAGAUUGGAGGAAGCUGCACCUAAGAAAAAACGAGCUUCUGAACUGUUGCGCGAAGCACAAAAACAAUGAUACAACGGAUAAUUCAAGUCGAUGAUGAAAUUGGCGACUCAACAGAAACACCAAAAUAAAUUACAAUAUGUCAAAUAUUUUAAACAAUAAAUACUAAAGCGCUUUUUUUUACAUUUUUAUU